AUGAAGUGCACCAACUGCGGUUCGUCCGCCAUUGACUAUGCCGACAACCAGGCAGUAUGUUCACAAUGUGGUGUCGUUCUCGAGGAAUCGCAGAUCGUCAGCGAUAUCACGUUCGGCGAAAACUCAGCUGGUGGUGCUGUUGUCCAAGGUAGCAUGAUCGCUGGCGACCAGGCUCGCGCACGCGUCUCUGGUCCGGGUGGCUUCCGCGGAGGCUAUGUGAGCGAGUCGCGCGACAUGACCAUCUCGAAUGCACGAACUGGCAUCAACAACAUGGCCUCGGCACUACGCAUUCCAUCACACGUUGCCGACCGUGCACUUCGCUUUUUCACGCUGGCUCUCGACGGUGGCGCUUCGGCCGCCACAGGCGAAGAGCCCAAAAACUAUGUUCUCGGUCGCAAGUCCGAGUACACAGUCGCAAGCUGUCUCUAUGUGGCAUGUCGAAUGGAAAAGACAACACACAUGCUCAUCGAUUUUGCUGAUGCCAUCCAGGUCAACGUGUUUAUCCUCGGUCGAUCCUACCUUAAGCUCAUCCGCGUCCUCAAUCUGCGCUUGCCACUGAUCGAUCCUUCCAUCUACAUUGCACGCUUUGCGGCGCUGCUUGAUUUCGGCGAAGAGACGCAAAAGGUGGCGUACGAUGCCUCACGCCUCGUCUCUCGAUUUCAAAAAGACUGGAUCACCGAGGGUCGUCGCCCUGCCGGCAUUUGUGGUGCGUGCCUCAUGCUGGCUGCACGCAUGAAUCACUUUCGACGCUCGGUCAGCGAAGUGAUCCAAGUAGUCAAGAUCGCCGAUGUCACGCUGAAAGCGCGUCUGGAAGAGUUCAAAAAGACGCCAACGGGCCAACUUUCAGUGCAAGACUUUCGCAACGUCUGGCUCGAGGAGGAACAUGCACCGCCAGCCUACCUGCGCGCUCGUGAGCCGGCGAUCGUCAAGAAAAAGCGCAAAUCGUACAAGCACAUCAAGCUUGAUGGCGUCGAGAAUGCAGAGGCGCCUGAUGACGCGGAUGCAGAUGCAGACGCGGAAGGUGAGGAGAUGGCUACCAGCAGCGGCAAAGCCGCUGAGGCCGUUGAUGCGGACGCAAUCGAUCCUGCCUUGGAGAAAAUCGUGGAUGAAGCCACCGAGCAAGAGAUCCAACAAUAUCUGCAACAAAGUCUGGCGCAAGAGCUCGAUAAGGCACUCGAGACGCAAGAGCGCGAGCGUGAAGAACGCGCGCGAUCGGGUCAAGUCGCUGCAUCGUCAUCGCAGACAUCCGCAAGCAACAGCACACUGACCGACGUGGCGCGUCCCAUUCCGGACGACAAUGGAGCGAGUGCUUCGGGUACCCGUGAUGCAAGCCUCGACGUUAGCAAGGCCGGUAAACUGCUGCCCCUCGGCGGACUCGGCAUGGACGUUCAAAGCACGUUUGGACACGAUGCCAAUCCGGCUCAGAACGGCGAUGCCAAUGAGGGUGAUGCGGGCCUUGCUAACCGACGACGUAGUGUAGCGGCACCAGUAGAUGACCUGGACGACCUGGACGAGGAGGAGCUCGAUCGCUUUAUUCUGUCUCCGGAAGAAGUGAAAAUCAAAGAGCGCGUCUGGAUGGAGUUUAACAAGGACUGGAUGGAGCAGAUGCUCAAAAAGCAGCUCAAGCUCGAACAUGACCAGAAGAUGGGUGUUCCCAUCCGCGAACCGUACAAACGCAAGAAGCCCAAGGCACCUCGAGAUGCUUCCACUGCGAUGCACAACACGUCAGCAGCCGAGAGCGCCAAGAUCAUGCUGAAGCAGAAGCAGUUUAGUAAGAAGAUCAACUACGACGCGUUGAACAACUUGUUCCCCGGCGCCAAGGUGAUAAGCGGUGCAAGUAGCAAGGGUAGCAUUCGCAAGGCGGCCAGUGGAGCCAAGUCGCGCAAGAGGGGCAGGCAUCAGAGCAGCGACGAGUCGUCGUCUUCGUCUGAAGAGGAAGCCACAGGCGCGGAUGCUCGAAGAGGCAGAAGAGGUCGCAAGGGUGCUUCCGCAAGCAAAAAGUCGAACAAGGCUUCGCAGAGCACCGGACAGGGCUAUUUCGAGUCGGACCAGAACGAGUCGCAAGCCGAGAUUGUGGAGGAAGAUGGCGAGAUGCUUCCACCUUCGCACCCGCUGCGCAGGAAGGAGACGAGACUCAACAAGCGCGGCGUGCAUUCGUCUGCGGCUGAAGAGUCGGCCAACACCGACUUGGGAGAGGACAUGGAUGAAUACGCCGAGGGAGAAGCGGUCAACCUGACGGAAGCGGCGAUGCGCAGCCGACUUGGCUACUUUGACGACGACGUGUUGGAUGACGAUUGA